UAAAUGUAAUAUUUGCAAAGAAGGUUGGCAAAGUGAAACCGAUGUGGAAUUUCAUCGUCGCGAAACUCACGCGAAAGUAAUGAAUAAAAUGUUGAUUAACAACGUAAAGCCUAUUUGUAUGAUAUGCAUAAAGAACCUGAAAACACCAGAAAACCUUCUCCGUCACAUCAAAACGGUGCACCUGCUAAGUUCCGAAGACGCAACUCGAAUAGAACGAGAGAUAUUAAUUUGCAACGAAUGCAGCAAAAUCUUCUUCAACAGACGAAUGAUAGUCGUUCAUAUGGCAAUUAGACACCGUAACGUGCGGUCUAAAAAACAGCGCAUUGAAUGCCCUAAAUGUUUGAAAAUGGUGCGAUGCAACACGAUCUGGUCUCAUUGUCAAUUUGAGGAUAUUUUAAGCGUCGCCUGCUGCCCAAUCUGCUUAACCAAAUUCACGAACACCGCUGAGAUGCAAAGUCAUAUAUUAACACAUCCGAAUUACUUCUACUGUAACAUAUGUACAUACAGCACAAAAUCGGCAAUGAAUUUCAAGGAGCACGUGUCAAAGUAUAAAAACAGGUUUAAACAUGUUGGCAACGUGGACAAGGCGAAAUUAGAGCAAUGUUUUGUAUCAAGCGUACGCUACAUGCAAUGGCGGAUAUUAAGAAUGAGUUCUUUUAAGGGAUUAAAUUUACCACCUAAUAUAAACAUUUGCGUUCUCUGUCGGGAGAUUUGUAGAAAUUCAGAAGAAAUGAAAAAACAUUAUCUUACACAUGUGCAUGUGGUGGAGGAGCGGGUGGAGAAGAAAAAGUAUGUUUGUACAUGUGGAGAAGAAUUUUUCAACAGUGUGUUACUGAAACAUCAUGUUUUCAAAAUGCAGGGUGAACAUAGGGCGCUGUGAUAUUUGUUUAACUAAUAAAUGCGGUAAGUAUUCUCUGAUCGCCACCAGACCGGUUCGUCGGUGUAACGUGGUCCGACUACAUUAUGUAAAAAGUCGUCGGCUGCGUGUGUAGGUCUGUGCGUACAUUUUUAUUUGGUAUAAAUUAGUAUGAUAAUUAAAACAAAGAAUGACCAUGUACAAAAUUUUUUUCGCUCCAUUGGGACUUGAAUCCACGCCCAUGCUGUACCGUAGCAUUCCGCUUACUAACUGAGC